CUGCACCUGGCUAGUAUACCCGAAUAUCUCCCGAAUGUGAUCGUGAAAGCUUUUCUGUCGUGCAUCGGGGUUAAGGUACUCGUACUUACUUGCUUGUCUUGCAUUUGCACAUGAACAUGAACAUGGAUGGUGAUGACUUGAAAUAGAAGACUAGCUUGUUGCACAAGUUAAUCAUCAUAUUAUAUUGCUCAAUGGCUACAGGGGUACGGGUACACGCAUUCGCACAGGUUACAACUUCAUAAAAAUCUAACUAUUAGUGGGGUCUUCAUCUUCCGGAACAAUCCGAAGCGAAAUGCUGAUAUCAAGAUCAUCUGAUCAAACUGAUUUUGUUGACAUUUUUGCGCUUGAAAUCGAGAUGUUGAGAGAGUAAGAUUGAUAGCUCGUGCAGAAUCCUCAGCAUCAUGAUCUCCACCUGACUAUGGCCACUCUCUACACAUUGAUCCGCCACCACCUCGCUUCCCCAGGUUUUUUAUUACGCGUUCAAGACGAUGAAAUACAAGUGGUACCAGUGCCUUUGGAGCUGUGUACUCGGGUCGAGUAUGUGGUUGUUGCAGCAUAAAGGCCCCGCAGCGGUGCGCAAUAAGCCUGUUCUACUCGGAGCGAUUCUUCUCGCUCUGCCCACAGCGGUUUUUCAGCUGUACAUUGCCGUUUUCACCGACUCCUCGAGCAACCAGCUGCGUGAGCAAAAGUGGUUGUUGUACCAAACCAAAGUCUCCACUAGUGUUCAGGACCAGCAAUUCCUCGACGCGCAUCUCGACGACGUAGACUGGUCCGCGUGGAAGGCCCAGCUAGCUGAUUGGAUUCCAAUGCUCGUCAUCGGCUUUUUCGACAACGUGUUUCAGAUCUCCGCUCUACAGGGACACCUGCCCG